AUGGAGCGAGGGAAACAAAAUGGCAAUUACACUGCUAUCAGAGGACGUAUAACUAAAUCGAGAAGUCGAAGGUCUAGGAAAUCUGGCGUCUCCAGAAGGUCUCCAUCAAAUUCCAGAAAAUCUUUCUCCACGCAAUACUACGCCUGCUUUCGCAGCGGAGUCAAGCUCAGAGAGAUCAGGACCGUUGUUCACGGACUUGACGUUGUCGAUUGAUCUCGGAGCGGCUAACACUUGCGUAUCAGCUCUUUUGCAGGGUGAAGGUCAUGAGCCGACUCUCAACGAUAUCAUAAAGAUUGCCCAUUAUCCCGGCGAUGUUUACGGGAGUAAUCAGGUACCAACGAAAAUUUGGUAUCCGGAUAUUCCUAGGACGAAGGAGAUUUCGGGUGACCCAGAUCACGAAGAUCACCACUUGACUGAUGUAUCAGAUGAAGAGGAGAAGUCUGGUUGGUGGAAUGACCAGCGCCAGACAGCGCCUACGAACGCUGAAGGCAACAGACUAUACGACAUGUAA